AUGGCUUUCGCUGAUAAAAGCACAUUUAUACCUGUUGAAGCACUUGAAGCUUUCGGAAAUCAUCCAGCAGAGCUACAAAUUGAUAUCGACGACUAUUUCAUGGGCACACAAACAAACAGUGAAACGAGACGUGCUCAAGAAUCCACAGAGCAAAUGGAACUGUCAAAAGCUUCUUUAGAAGAAACUUUUAAAGAAAAGAAGAUCACUUAUAAGAAACCGAAAAUUUACCAACGAGUUUACGCUCACAAAGAAAGUAAUCAACUUUGA